UCGGUGGGUGAGGGUGUCUAGGAUAUAUCCAAGUGUCAAAUUAAACACCCAGUGUGAUUGUUGAAUUAAAAAAGUGCUUUUGUGUAGAAUUAAUACGUUCAAGAUAAAUUUUGAUUUAAGGUACAAAUAUUCUAAUGAAAUCAACUAACAUGGAGUCCUGUUCGGACCGUUUGAGUCCUUGCAGUGAUCUGACAAGCGAAUCGGAAACCUCUCUCCCGCCAUUUCCUUACGACAAUCAAAUUAACAAUUACUACACGCAAACAGAAGUUGGUGGAAAACAAUUAUAUUCAUGCAAACAAAAAAACGAUGAGAAAAAAGACUAUAUACAAGAUAGUAACAAAUUAUUUGAAAACUAUUUGACCGGAAAGAAACAUUUGAUAUUUGACGUCAAAUUACCAUCGACACAUGAAAACUUUUUUUCGCAAAUCGAAGGCGAAGAUCGGACGCGUUCGGGUUAUUUCAACGAAAUGCAGAAUACAAAAAGUUGCGUUCAAAAUGAGAAUAAUAUAAAUAUGUCGGACGUAGAAGUUGCGCCGGCGGUUAAUUUUGAAAAUGUUAAUAAUAUUUUAAAUGAUAGAGAGCGAGUUCCGCCAUCUUUUUUCGCUGAGAAUGAAGAUAAUAAUAUGGGUGGUUGUUUUAGUUUUAAUUCUGAACAAGUGCAGUGCGUGUGUGAGGCGUUACAACAAAGAGGUGAUAUAGAAAAAUUGGCAGCAUUUUUAUGGAGUUUGCCGCCUAAUGAACUACUACGAGGAAAUGAUACUGUAUUGAGAGCACGUGCUUUAGUAGCAUACCAUAGAGGUGUAUUUCAAGAGCUCUAUGCGAUCCUGGAGUCACACACUUUCUCACCGAGACACCACUCAGGUCUACAAGAUUUAUGGUACAAAGCUCAUUAUAAAGAAGCGCAGAAAGUACGCGGACGACCUUUAGGUGCAGUUGACAAAUAUAGAUUAAGAAAAAAGUAUCCACUGCCGAAGACGAUAUGGGACGGCGAGGAAACCGUUUAUUGUUUCAAAGAGAAAAGUCGGAACGCGUUGAAAGAUUGCUAUUAUAGAAAUAGAUAUCCAACACCUGAUGAGAAGAAAGCUCUCGCUGCGAAGACAGGUCUGACCCUCACACAGGUAUCAAACUGGUUCAAGAAUCGACGUCAGAGGGACAGGACUCCGCAACAACCAAAUAGACCGGAAAUGUUAGUGCCUGCUCAGUACGUGGGGCCACAAGGAGGUUUGUCACAGACUUUCCUACAAAAUCCAUAUUAUCACAAGCUGCAAGACGCAUCUCAUUAUCUUCAUGGCGGUGCAUCCUGAAUGUUACCUACAUUGAAUUUGUUAACCUCAAAGAUGUAAUUAAAUUAUAUUUUUUUAGUUAUGAUUUAGUAGAGAAAAUAUUUCCGUUCCUAAACGACCAAAAACUUGUACUUUAAUAUCAUAUUUCUUUUAUUUGUUUUAUUGCGUACUCAAUUAAGAUGCCUAAAAGUUUGAAAUAAUUUAAUGAUGAUAUUGAUACUGAAAUAUCUCUCCGUAUUUUUACAACGUAGAUUCUUUGUAGUUAAGGAACAGUGCAUUAAAAUGCAAUUUCUAUU